GGUGUGAUAUUUUGCCCGCCAUGCUGAGCAUGUUUCUGAGAAAUGUUUUGAGACAAACAGCUGAAUUAACAUCAUGCCAGUGAGUGUACUCCUAUAUUAAGCGCACGGUUAUAGCACAUAUCAUUUAAAUCAUUCACUCUUGAUAUAGUUUAUUUAUAAGUAAUUUCCGAAACCGAUUAUUUUAUGCUCAAAAUGUAUCCGAACUUUUCGUAAGUUAUCACUACAAAAUCAGCAAGAACAGUACCCGGAUUGUGGAGAAUGCGACAAAUAUAUGGCAAUUACAACAUAAGUUGUUGAACUUUGAACAUAAAUUGUGGAAUUUAGACCCUAGAGGGUUUUGAACCUGUCUUAAAUGUACAGCUAAAUAGACCACAAAUGGCCUGUGCACUCCUUGUCCAAAAUCCCUUACGAGUCUAAAGAAGUCUAGUUACCAGAUCAACAAAAACAAGUGGAAGACAAAACAUCAUCACCUGACCAGAUAUCCAGGCUGCGGCAUUCCCAACUCAGACAUGCAGUCAACUAUUCCAACGGCUGAUGCAGAAACAUCCUCCAUUCUCAAACCACAUAGCAACAAUAACAAGGAAAUGGAAUCUGAUAUACCAGGAAAAAAGGUUAAACGAAAAUCAUCUGAUUCAAAUGUUCUUGAAAAGGCUGAUACAGAAACCUCCAACAUUGUGUAUGCACACAGAAACAAUACAACUGAAAUGAAAACUGAUAUUCUAGGAACAAAGGUAAAACGAAAAUCAUCAGAUUUAAUUGAGAGUGAAAAUGUUAUAGAAAAGGAAAUGACCGCUGUAAAGAAAAAAAGACAAGAUGAUGUUUCUAAACCAACAAGCUCUUCUAGUAAUUGUGAAACUGAUUGUAUUAUUAGAACUGAUAAUUACACUGCUAAGAGCUCAUGCUUUAUCUGUGGAAAAUUGUUUACAAGUUUGGGAGGUUUAAAUAGUCACUAUGCCAUACAUUUCAAAGCCUUAAGUGAUCCCAAAAAUAAUUUGGAUCAGUUAGGAGCAGUGGUAAGAACAGAAGACUCAAAUGAAGCAGAUCCCAAUUGUUCACCAGCCAUGCAAACAUUAACGAAGAUGAAUAAUGCAUUUGAAGAUAUGAAUACCUUAUCAAGGAAGGAAACAAAUGGUAAUUGCUUUCUUAGUAAAAAGAAAGACACAUGUUGUACAGAGAAAAGUACUAAUCAUAGUUCAAUAAGUUGCAAAGAGCAAAAUUCAACAGUCAGCAAACAACCAAGACCAGUUGCCUUUAUUUUAAAGGGAAGUUGCAAAAAUAAGUAUAACAUCGGUUCAGAACAGUACUUGGAAAUGAAACCUAGUCAUGAUGUAUAUAAAGAAGCAUUGACUGGAAACAGAAUAGGAAACAUAGACACAUGUAUAAAAAGUAUGGAAGCUGCAGACCAAAUUCAGAAAUGUGUAAAAGAAAACAAUGACAGCAUUAGUCCCCAUGUGUCCAAUAAGCCAAAGGAGACAAACUGCAAGUUUAAUCAGUCAAAUGACUGCUGUGAAUUCAAUAUCACAACGAUUAAUGGAACAAAUGAUAGAACAUCCCCAUUAAGGUAUGAAAAUACCUUUAUAUCAACUGGUUUUGAUACCUUAAGUGUAUGUGAAUAUCUUGAAAACAAGGACAGUCUGAUGGAAAAUACAAAUCAAUCAACAGAGUUUACAGUAUCAAUGACAAAAGAUGAUAUAGGAUGUGAAACUUCUCAUCAGUUGGAGGAUGAACAAAAUAACAAUUUACGUGAGACAAAGCCAAAUGAAUUUGGGAUGAUUUUAAACAAUGUUUGUUUAGAGUCCCUUGGAAAACUUGUAAGAGAUGAAAUAUUAAGCGACCAAGAAUAUACAGCUCUAGAUAAGGAAAAUACUAGAGAAAACAAUGAUAUUGAUACCGAAGUUGAGAAACAGAUUGAAAGUUGUAAUUCAAAUCUCAGUACAGUGAGCAUAAAAAGUAAUGUUAACAUGUUUUUAACAUCUAGAAGCACAAUUAACUGUAGAUCAAGUGAUGAGAAAUAUGUAGAAGACAAAGCUAAAGAAACUUAUUUAAUCAGACCUAAUAAUUUAAAAGAGAAAACAAAAUAUAUAGAAGAUGUUAAAUUUGAUAAAUUGUUGAACAAUCAAGAUGACCAAACAAAAAAUAACACCAAAAUUGUCCUCAACAAAAUUGAUACCAUUGAAGUGGAAGAUGAUAACAUUUUAGCUGAGAUUAAGGAUAAAGUGUCGCUUAAUAAGGCUAAGGGUGAAAGCAGUAGAAGUGAAAGUAAAUAUUAUUUUCCUAGCAAUAACAUGUCAUCAGAAAGCAUUACAAUUUUUGACUCAGAAACAGGAAAUGAAAACUCAAACACAGAACAGAAGGAAACAAUUGAAACUAGUUAUGCUGCAUGUAAUCAAACUCAAUGCUUAGCUAAGCCUUUAGAUGAAAAGGUAAAAUGUGGUAGUGAUGUGGCAACUCUGACAUAUUCAUUACGUCCUAGAAGAGAAAAGGCAAAAUUUGUUGAAAACCAAACUGUGACUCCUAUCAAAAUAAUAAAAAAACAAAAAGUUGCAAGAGUAAAGAUAUCCCAGAAAAAGAACAAAACUUGCUCCAAAAAUUAUCAUGAAAUAUGUUACAAGUUUUCUAGUGAUGAUAAUAAAUGUGAAACAUUUGGAAACAGUUUAAGAGGAUUAUCACAUGAUGAGGAAGUAAAGCAUGAAGCUAGCAAUGUGAUGAAUUUGGUGACAUACUGCGAUAACUAUAAAAAGCAAACAACAAUGUCACAUGUAGAAAAAACACUUGAUUUUCUUCGACAGUCUGGAUUUCAUGUGCAAUACAAACACCAGUUUGACCAACAAACUAGUUCAUCAGAGUUUUCAUCUUUUCAUAAUGCUAGACUUGAUCCUAUUUCAAAGUGCCUGGCUUAUGUGUCAAAAAUUCCGCCUAUGAUGAUUUCUGAUUUGGAAAUGAAGGAUGGUACAGCUCUUGAUUCAGAUAUGGAAUCUGUAGGAAGUUCAACAUUUUUCAAUGACGCUGAUUUGUGUAAUACAUUUGACAAGGUUGAAGACUCUGAUUCUCACAAACUUCAAUUAAAAUGUGCUUUCAUAAAGCAUGAUUCAGAUCUGAUAAAAUGUCAAAUUGGCUCGAGUGGGGAAGUUGAUAAUAACAAAUUUCAGAAGCCUGUUGAACAAGCUAGUGAAAUGCAUGUGGAUGGUGUAAAAAUAGAUCAGGUUUCUAGCAAACAAUGUGAUGAGUUAUUUGGAAAGUGCGAGUCUGAAUCAGAUUCUGGAAUAGGAUCAGGUGUUCUAAAAAAUAUACAAUAUGCAGAGGUGAUCAAUCAAGACUCCAAAAGCAGUUUAAAGCAAUGUAAAUUAUGUAAGAAGUGGUUUCGAAGCCUACCUGCUUUGCAUGAGCAUACAGAUAAAAUGCAUAAAAGCUACUUUGUUCCUGAUUCAGCACAGAUUUGCCAUACAAUUUUGUCACAUAUAAUUGCACCAAAUGAACUUACUAAUACUGUAAAAGUAAAUGAAGACAAUGCUUGUAAACAGAAAGAAACUGAUUGUGCACAGUGCACAGUGAUUUGGUCUGCAAUAUCAGAGCAUCAAUCUAAUUUGAAUGAUGAAGUUCUUCAGCAAUCAAAUUUGGAUGAUGAAGUACAAAGUAACAUUGACUAUUGUGACUAUUGUGAUACAUUUUCUGACAACAAAUAUUCUGAAAUGAUGAAAGUAAUACCCAACCUCAAAACAAAAAACAUAAUCGUCAAAGUGCAAAAGUUACCAAUUUCCAGUUUUAAGACUGCAGAUGGAAAGUUGGCAAAAUUCAUUGGUACCAAGUCGUAUCCUGUAUGGGUACUUGAAAGUGGGGGAGGAAACCAAGAAUCAACAUUGAACAAAUCAAAGGCAGGGAGAUUAAAAUAUAAAAUAAGAGAUGCAUGUAAACAUGAUGAUCCAAGGCCUCAAAGAUACGAAAUUAUUCCUACUCCAAGUAAAAAAGAUAAAGAACAUUUGAAAAAAUUGUUCAGAGCUCUUGAUGAUAAGAACAACAUAAGCAUGAUCAAAUCUGAUUUAGUUGAUAUGAAUGGUACUGAGACUGUUUGUGAUAUAGUGCAUGAAAGCAGUGUUAAUACUUCUGCUGAUACAGCUGAUGCAGAAACUGAAAUGAACAAACUGAGUAAUGCUAUUACAAACCAUGUUCAACAAGAACAAGACAAAGUUACAUCUAACACAGUGCAAUCCAAUGUUGUUUCAAACAAUAUUAUUGCGUACAGAACCAAUGAUGUGAUAUCUGAAAAUGGUCGCUGCAAUGAAACAUCAAAAGCAAGAAGCCAAACUGAAAACAAAGUUCAGAAUACUGGAAAUGAAGGUUUUAAACUAAGUAAUUCCAAUAAGGAAUUCUCAAGUACAUUUACAGUUAGUGAAAUUAUACAAGAAAAUAAUACUGAACCAGAUCUGAAUAAAAAUGGAGUUAACAAUAGUUAUGAAGAUGAUGACGAUUGUACCAAAAAUGAUAUUGUAUUGAAUUCUGAAGAGGGUGUGGCUUCUAUGAAUGUUGAUGAUGACAAAUGUGAUUUUCCUCAAACUGAAAAAUCAGAUAUUGACCUUUCUGUUACAUUUGGAAUACAUGACUCAAUCAUCACUGAACAUGAAAAGACUUUGGAAAUUGAAGAUCGGAUGAUUAUUGAAACAUCAGUUGGAUUACAUAUAGAUGAAUUUGAAGCGGAAAUUAGUGAUACAAAAAUGGAAUCAGAUGGGACAAGUGAAAUUAUAAAUAACUGUAAGUUUACAGAUUUAUGUCAAACUUAUACAUCUAAAGACGAAUGUACGGGAGUGAAAGAAUUUCUUCAUGAAAGGGAAAACAGAUAUUCCAGGUUGAAUACAUGGGCAAAGAUGGAAGCCAUCUUGCAAAUUGGUACAAAACAUGUCAUAGAACGGGACCAAGAGGUUGAAUAUGAGAACUUACCAACAACUAUUAGGUUAGAACAGAAGGAAGCGCAGAAUGCUGUUGCUUACCAAAUAACAGACUUUGAAAAAGCCAUUGACUACAGUCCUGAAAGUAAUACAAAAUCAAAAACAAAGGGUUGUAGCAAACACAAAGUGGAAGCCCUUAAAGAGAAUAAAACUAGAUCAGUUGAAAACAAAUCUAGGCUCCCUGUGAGACAACAGAAGACAAAAAGUAGCGAUAUAUAUAUAUUGCCACAGUUGACAGGUGGACUCGGUCAGGAAAACCAAUGGAAUCUUAGUCACAUUAAACAGUGUAGAGUAUCAAAAUCAAAACUUGCACAAAAUAUCUUAAAGAAACAUCAGCUUGAACAAGAGGUUUUCAAUAAGAAAGAAAUGGAAGAUACAUUGGAAGACUUUGAAUCUAGUUUGAUUUCCCGUGAAAACAUACCUCCUUUUAUGAGAGAUGACAAACUGAUUUGUGUACUUGAACAUGAUGUUGGUAGUUCUGUCAAAUUUACUUCUGGCCAAGAAUUUGAUGAAGAUUUCGUAAAGUCUUCGCAGAAACAGUCUUUAAAGAAGCUGAAAGAAAGUUUAGAGUUAAUGGGAAUUAUUAAAGACAAAACCAAAGAAGACGUGACUAGAUUGUCUCCCAGUGCAUCUAAGAAGCAACUACAGUUUUCCACUACUGGGCCUAAUAACUCAUCUCUCAAACUCAUACUGCCCUCGUUUUCUUCAGUUUUUGGUUUAUUGAAUAAUACAAUGAAAAGCAUUCAUGAUCAAACAGAGCCAUCUUUAGGUCACAGUCUCACAGAAAACCAUAGUCAAGAAACAGACACAAGUUUAGAAGAUGCUGAAUUUGAGUUAAGACAUUCACUUUCAGGUUCGCAUUGGCAUGGAAAAUCAAGGUUGUCAGUCUUCCAAAGAUUAGGGAAGCCAAAAGAAUUUCACAGCAAUAACGACAAAGAUAGUCAAGGGCACUGUAAUGAUGACAACAACAAUGAAGUUUCAUUUGAUACCAAUAAGAGUAGCUUGUUCAGUGAGAAUGCUACUAAAGAGGAAGAAACUCUUACUGCAAACCAAUCUAAGGUGGAGAAAAACCAUCCAAAAGAUACAGGCAAGGAAAGUAAUGUGUAUUCAUGUAAUGAUAAUCAAAUUGAGAUUGCAGACAAAACAGAAGAGAAACAUGUUGAAGAUAAGAAUAACAACCCUAAAUCUGAAUUUAAAAUAAAUGACAGUGAUUAUCAGUCUUUAGACACAACAGGAGAGAAAGGAAGCAUUAAAUGGAACAACAGUCUUGAAUGUCAAGUAAGUGUAAAUGAAAGUGAUACUAAGAUAAUAGAUACAAUGCAAGAGAAAGGUGACAUGCCUGUUAAUAACUUCCCUUACUGUUUUGAUGACAUUGAUGAGCUAUCUUUUGAGAUGGAAGGAAAGACUGAACAGGUUCAAGAUGACUUUGAUUCAGGAAGUGAAAUUGGUAUUGAACAGAUUCAAGAUGACUUUGAUUCAGGAAGAGAAGCUGGUGUUGAUGACAAUUUGGAGCAAUCUGUUAAGGAAGCAGGUUUGACAGACCUUGACUUUGAUGCAGGAAGUGAAAGUGGUGUUGGCACUUUGAAUAAGAAAAUUUCUGCAACUGCAGACCUAGUGGAGGAGAUGGAAGAUGUCCUUGAGAUUUAUGCCUCUGAUGAUGACGCAAGUUUUCUUGAUGAACCUCUGUAUGAGGAAAACAGUAUAUCAACCAAGCAAGAUUCCGUGGUAAAGAAAAAAUGCACAGCAAUGGAGACAGGCACAGACUCAUUAUUGAAGGAAGAAAAGCACCCAGCACAACCUGUAGCGACAUCUUCUAAACAUUUGACCAGAUUUGAUCAAAGUGAGAUGACACAGGUCUUACAAGGAACAUCCUCACUAGACCCCACAGAGACAAGGAAACAGGACGGAAUUCAUUCAUUUAACGUAAACAAUGCCAGUGGGAUUCAGUCUCGUGUCUUUUCCAAUGCCAGUGGGCAGGAUAGGCCAGGAUUGAGGCAGUUUUCUUCAUUCAUGUUGCCAGCGUUGCACAAUCACAGAUGGGUGCCCCAUGGAUGGUGUUUUAAAAGGUUUAACCAACAACCGUGCAUGUCUCAGCCAUGUCUGUUCAGGCACGAUGAACCCAGCACUAGCGAUCUUUUGACUGAAGCAAACGUGAAACGACUGAGAAAUGCGUGCAUGACAGGUGAUAUAGAAAAAGCUCUUAUCAUGCUGAAGAGUCACAACGUGUACCAGGACUGCAUCGAGGCUGAGGAACUGGUGGCGCUGUUCCAGUGGUGUUGUCAUAGAAACCAGCUGGAAGCCUGCCACACUUUGCUGUCACUGAUGAUGGGGAAAAACUGUGUAACACAAGAGCUGCUGGACAGUGCUGUGUCCAGAUGCGGUCAGUUGCAACCCACACUGGACAGUGGUCAGCUGAUGUGGGAGGUGUUCCUUGUUUCCAAGCAACUGAAUAUUCAACUGGCCACAUUGUCCCUGAAGCUGAUGUUGAGAACGUUCAGCAAUCUAAUGAUGGGUCACUGCUUCUGGCAAGUUGUUUACCACUGUAAAGUGGAGUUGAAGAUAGAUUUGCCCAUGAGUAUCGUCCAGUCAGCUCUGGCGAUCGUCGUAGAGAAUCAGCCGAACGAGACUUUGGCUUAUGAAGCUUACAACUUUAUCAAGACAUUGGCGUCGGAUGCAAUUCAGGGAUUGGAUAACCUGCUGUUGCAGCGACUGACAACAGUUUUUCAUGCGAAUGGUCUUAAGGUACAUGACUUGCACUGCACCAGAGCUAAGAAAGCACAAAGGUCUGCAAAUGUAGGAGAGAGCAACAGCUGCCUAAUAGAUUUCACAGUUUCAAGAGAACUGGAGAGUGGGACGCCAGCAAUCCAGGAGAGACCCAUUAGAGCUGGCGCACCAGUUGUGGUUGCAAAUGGAGUUGGCCAUGCACAGUCCGACCUGAGAGAUGUCAUUGCCAAUGCAGAAAGAUCAGCUGUCAUAGCAAGGAUCAUUGCAGCCGGGCUGACGUGCAACAUAAAGGAGCUGGCCCAGAUAUUUGUGGACCAGACUGCCAGGGGUGUGUUGCUAGAUGGUGCCGCGCGGCGAGCAUUUGAGAAGGCACUGUGUCAACACGGCCCUGUUGGAGCGAUGUGGGAUGCCUUCCAUCAACAUCUACACACACACGUGCUGCAAAAGCUCCAGAUCACACCGACCUACCAGCCAGACCAUGCCGCCCUUAGAAAGAUUGGUGUGUCCCUCUUCCACCAUGCCUACAAUGCUGGGGACUUCCCAGAGGCCCUGACUGUGCUGGGGGUGAGUAAAGCUCGGGGUUGCCUCAGUGUGGGAAAUCCUGCUGGAAACCCAGGUACUGUGGCGCUGCAGGCAGCCAUCACCUGCUGUCUGAACACAGGUCAGGCCAAGGAAGCUGCUCAAAUCAUCAUUGAGACUGCCAUCUGUGACUUCCCAUGUGAGACCAAGGUAGAGGUUAUUGCUCUGUUUGGGCCCCUUGUAGAUCAGCUGAUAGAGCAGGGAGGGCUUACUGAGGCCUUCCAGAUACUCAAAACUGCAUUCAGUCUCAUCUUCCAGUAUGGAAGAGCUCAGUUGACUGUAGAAGAAUUUGAGCCUCACUCUGUGGCGUCCAAUAUGAUGCUUGUCUGCCUUGAUCAGGAGCAACUAGACAUUUGCAUUCUGGUCCACCAGAUGUACAGAGAUCACCGAGUUACAUUCAGCAUAGACGAUGAUGUCAAGAGAUCAUUCAUGAACGCCCUCGCCUCACAGCGAAAACUUGAAUACGCUGAAGAGAUUCGGAGUGAGUUCAAGGACACAGUAUUGUUCCCAACGCAGAGUCUUGCUGUGAAUCAGUGCGAUGGGAGUGGUCGAUGCAUCAGGUUACAUGACAGUAUGACCAAGAUGGAGGGUUUGUUGGUUGUUCGUGACUAUCUUAGAGAUUUGUACCAGUCGCUGUCGGUGAAGGUUAGACACAGUGGCCCUCUCAGCGCUGGUGAACUGAAAUUGAAAAUCGUGUUUGAUCGCAAGUCGAGACUUUAUCCUGGCAGAAAGAAGCUGCCCUACAUGGACCGCUCCCUGAGCCUCCUUCGUGACAUACAGCAGGGCCUGCUGCUGCCUCGGUUCAUGUCCCCUCCCCUAGGGACACAGCAACACGGGGACCAGCUCAUGGUGGAGCCUGCCAGUCUGGAGAGGUACCUCACAUCUCUGGGACAUUCAGGUGUGAAGCCCAGUUUGAUAUUCUUAGAUGGUAACCAGACCAGAAAAAGCGUAACCAAGGAAACAGGACCAGGGUCCAGAAAACUGAAGAUUCAGAAAUUGAAAAUAUAAUUCUGCCUGUGGCUUAAAUGUGAAGUGUUGUGUAUAGGUCAUUUUUUAACAUUUUUUAUUUGCAUAUGUAAGACGGUAAAAAUUGUAAAUUUUGUGUGUAGUGAUUAGAGCUAAGUAAAUACAGCUAGAUGUUACAAAUUUGCAAUUUUCAAAUUAUGAUGCGAAAACAGCAAUGCAAGGCUAUGUGGUUUUGAUGUUUGCAAUAUGUGUAGUUUUGUUCAGCGUUAUCGAAUAAAUGCAUUUAAUGAUUAACAAUUAAAAUAAUUUUGGCUAUGUUGUUUCAAUUAUAAUGGCUAUCACAAUUGAAAGUGAUGUUGUUAAAAUGUAGAGAUACUUCCAACAACAAGGACUUCUUGAUGAUUUGCUGCAAAUUUGUGUUGCACUCUCAGAUUAAUUUGUUAAUGUGCCAUUAUCUAUUGUAUAUUCAAAGUUAUAAGUUUUCAGGGAAUAUAUUUUCACUGGAAAAUCUGUUAAUUUUUAAUUUUGGAAAAUUACAGGACAUGUGACCAGAAGUAUUGGAACAAUUUGAACAAUAAAGUGUAAUCUAGUAUAUUAUUUAAUGUUUGAAAACUAAUCAAUAAGAUUAUUGUAUUUGUGAAGAUUAAUAGAGAGCACAAACAUCAGAACAGUGUUUCAGGGGAACUUUAGAUUAAGAAAGAACAUGAAAGUAAGCACAGUGUUAGGGGAAAACUUAUUUGUAGGAUCUUGUGGAUGCAUGGUCGGUCCAAUUUUGUUAUAGAAUCAUGUUUUAUCUUCAAAUUGUAUGUGGUAGCUGAUGUGUUCUUUGUAUGGCAUUAUCUUUGAGAUUAAAUAUUUUAUAUGUUGUUUUUUAUGUCCCCCACUAUAGUAGUGGGGGACAUAUUGUUUUUGCCCUGUCUGUUGGUCUGUCUGUUUGCGCCAACUUUAACAUUUUGCAAUAACUUUUGCUAUAUUGAAGAUAGCAACUUCAUAUUUGGCAUGCAUGUGUAUCUCAUGAAGCUGCACAUUUUGAGUGGUGAAAGGUCAAGGUCAUCCUUCAAGGUCAGAGGUCAAAUAUAUGUGGCCAAAAUCGCUCAUUUUAUGAAUACUUUUGCAAUAUUGAAGAUAGCAACUUGAUAUUUGGCAUGCAUGUGUAUCUCAUGGAGCUGCACAUUUUGAGUGGUGAAAGGUCAAGGUAAAGGUCAUCCUUCAAGGUCAGAGGUCAAAUAUAUGUGGCCCAAAUCGCUUAUUUUAUGAAUACUUUUGCAAUAUUGAAGAUAGCAACUUGAUAUUUGGGAUGCAUGUGUAUCUCAUGGAGCUGCACAUUUUGAGUGGUGAAAUGUCAAGGUCAAGGUCAUCCUUCACAAGGUCAAGGUCAUCCUACAAGGUCAAACAUCAUAUAGGGGGACAUUGUGUUUCACAAACACAUCUUGUUUCACCAUCAUGUUGCGUUUUAUAUUCAAUAUUUGUUGACCAUGACCUUAUCAUAGAAUGUUAACUGUAUAUAAGAUGUUUUUCAUUGAUCCAUAUGACACAGAUAUUACAUUUCUUUAGUGUUUGUGAUUUUCUUUUUAAACAGCCUUAGAAUUAUCAUAGGAGUAAACAAGUGACUGGUAUUACGUUAUACAGGUAGUCUUGUUUCCAGCAGUAUUUUGUCAGAACAUGAAUGUAAUAGGAUGGUAGUUAGAGAACUAUAUGUUUUGGAUUCAAAUUUGCAGUUUCUUGUCACUAUUUAAUAGUUUGUUUGAGAGUUUGGUGGAACAGGGUAAAAUAUUUGGAGAAUACAGGUAUUUUAAAAUCAUUGCAGAUGUCAAUGUGCAAAUGCGAUAUACAUGUUUUAAUGCUAGUUUAUAUCAAUGUUUUAUGUUUCAUUAUAAAAACUGUUUAAGCUUACAUAUUGAAUGCUCCAGUUUUUAUUAUGUUUGUAAGUGAUUGUUUCUGUAUUGUUUUAUAUUUCACGUUUUUGUCUGUGUUUGUACAACUUUUGCAACUUUUUAAAUGCUAAAUCGUGGGUACACUGGAAAAGUAUUCAGUAUUUUUAAGAAGUCAUUUUCAUCAAAAAGAUUGAUCCUGAAAAUAAAACAUGUUAUGUUAUCUGCAUGCUGUAUUUCCAUGGUUUAAGAUACACCAUCAAAUUAUAAAUCUAUAAAAUAAGCACUUCAUAUAAGUUUAUGCAUUGGAUGUACACAUUCAACGUUAUCUGUAUGAAACUUUAUUACAAUGCAUAAUGUAUCAAAUAUUUAUUUGGUGUAUAAUGUUGCUUUAGACUCGGCCUGUAAUACAACUACAUUUUAUCUUGGCAUAGUAACAAUUCCUGUUUCAUAAGGAGUUUGCUCUUUACUGAAUUUGUUAUACUAUUACUUAUUAUAAAUUACUGAUGUUCAAAGAAAUUUAACUGCCUUCACACUGUAACUUAAUAUUAGAGCAAAUAUAAUUACAUGCCCAGUAAUGAGUUAAUCUAGUCUUCAUUUACAUCACUGAAAUGUGUCUUUUUAAUAUUCCCCCUGGUAGGGUGGCAUAUAGCAGUUGAACUGUCCGUCAGUCCGUCUGUCAGUCUGUGUGUCCGACCGAAAACUUCUUGGCCAUAACUUUUGCAAUAUUGAUAAUAGCAACUUGAUAUUUGGCAUGCAUGUGUAUCUCAUGGCGCUGCACAUUUUGAGUGGUGAAAGGUCAAGGUCGUCCUUCAAGGUCAAAGGUCUAAUAUAUGGCUUCAAAGUGGCGCAAAAGGGGGCAUUGUGUUUCUGACAAGCACAUCUUUUGUUUCAUGUUGAAUUUUGUAACAACCAAAAAAUGUUGAAAAUUUCCACCAGGUAUUUGCAUUUCAUUUGCUUAUUGUGAAGCACACAUAUUUUUGCCAGAUACAUAUACACACUGGCGAACGUCUGUUCCAUUUAAGUGUUAUUAAAAAACCUAUGAAAAAAUUGAAUUACCGGUUUAUAAAGAUUAUAAUUAAUUUAUUCGUUUUAUUCCAUGAUAUAUUGAAUUUCACUCGGCACAAAUUUGUCCUGUUUCAGAGUCAUUUUCUCAAUGGAUGAGGUAUUAAAAUAUUGUUGUCUUGUUAAUCUCAUAUUUAUUAGUUUUCAGUAGAUUUAUCUUCUUCAGUCAUUUAGAAUUAAUAUAUCUCCUGCAUCUUUACAGGAUUCUCUUGUUUGUACAGUAUUAUGAUACUCUUUGCGCAAUAUUGAAUGUGUUGUAUAUAUGUUGCCUCAAGUUAGAUUAUCGGAAUCAGGUUAAGGACAUUACUUGUGUUCAUUUUAUGUUUUGUUUUAUUUCAAAUAGAAUUUUAUUUUGUUUUGUUUUGGAUUGAAUGUUUUAUUGAUUGUUAAUGAAAAGCAUCAUUUAAUUGAACAGUUCUUUGUUUUUGUUGUUCAUCUGUGCAAAGAUCUAUAAAUAAACAAAGAUAAAAGUUA